GCGGUGCUGAGUCAGGCAGGCGGCGGUGGGGGCUGCGGCAGCGGCAUGCGGGCCUGGGGGGCCGCGGCGUUGCUCUGCGCACUCUGCUGCGCCCAAGCGCGGGCCUCUGAGGAUAUCGUGGUGGGCUGCGGCGGCUUCGUGAAGUCCGAUGUGGAGAUCAACUACUCCCUGAUUGAGAUUAAGUUAUACACAAAACAUGGUACUCUCAAAUACCAGACAGACUGUGCUCCAAACAACGGGUAUUUCAUGAUUCCCCUCUAUGAUAAGGGGGAUUUCAUCCUUAAAAUUGAGCCUCCCCUAGGGUGGAGUUUUGAACCGACCAGUGUAGACAUCCAUGUGGAUGGCAUUAAUGACAUUUGCACAAAAGGAGGUGAUAUUAACUUUGUGUUCACAGGGUUUUCUGUGAAUGGAAAGGUUCUUAGCAAAGGUCAGACGUUAGGUCCUGCUGGGGUUCAGGUUGUACUGAGAAAUGCUGGCAGUGACAUAAACAUACAAGCAACUACCACACAGCCUGGAGGAAAGUUUGCGUUCUUUAAAGUGCUUCCUGGUGAAUAUGAAAUCUUUGCAUCUCAUCCUACCUGGAUGCUGAAAGAGUCAAGCACAGUGGUACGGGUGACGAGUUCUAAUGCCUACGCUGCUAGCCCUCUGAUUGUGGCAGGCUACAAUGUUUCUGGGUCAGUAAGGAGUGAUGGAGAACCAAUGAAAGGGGUCAUGUUUCUCCUUUUCUCCUCUUCCGUCACUAAAGAGGAUGUUGUGGGCUGCAAUAUUUCUCCUGUGGAUGGAUUCCAGUCAAGAGAUGAGUCUGUGUCCUACUUGUGCAAUGUUGUUUCAAAAGAAGAUGGAUCUUUCAGCUUUCUUUCUCUGCCAAGUGGGAAAUACACUGUGAUACCAUUCUACAGGGGAGAGAGAAUUACCUUUGAUGUUGCUCCAUCUAGAUUGGACUUCCUUGUAGAGCAUGACAGUUUACAGAUUGAGCCUGUUUUCCAUGUGAUGGGAUUCUCUGUCACAGGCAGAGUGUUGAAUGGUCCUGAAGGAGAAGGAGUUGCUGAUGCCACUGUGACUCUGAACAAUCAGAUUAAAGUAAAAACAAAAUCUGAUGGCUCUUUCCGCCUGGAGAACAUAACCACAGGUACAUACACAAUUCAUGCCAGGAAAGACCAUCUGUUCUUUGAUACUAUUACUGUGAAGAUUGCCCCCAAUACCCCUCAGCUGGCAAACAUCAUUGCAACAGGCUUCAGUGUGUGUGGCCGGAUCUCAGUUACUCGUUUCCCUGACACAGUGAAACAGAUCAGUAAAUACAAGGUAACCAUGAUGCCUCAAGACAAGGACAAAGCACCACUGGUGGCAACAGAAACAGACUCUCAGGGAGCUUUUUGUUUUAAGGCAAAACCAGGCACGUACAAUGUUCAGGUGAUGGUUCCAGAGGCUGAGACCAGAGCAGGACUGGCACUGAAACCCAGAACAUUCCCUGUUACCGUUACAGACAGGCCAGUGAUGGAUGUGACCUUCUCGCAGUUCUUGGCAUCUGUCUCAGGGAAGGUCUCUUGUUUAGAUGCUUGUGGUGAUCUGAUGGUGACAUUGCAGGCUGUGAGUCGCCAGGGUGAAAAACGCAACCUGCAGCUCUCUGGAAACAGGGACUCGGUGGCCUUCACAUUUGAAAACGUGCUGCCUGGCAAGUACAAAGUAAGCAUUGUACACGAAGACUGGUGCUGGAAGAACAAGUCUUUGGAGUUGGAAGUUAUGGAGGAAGAUGUUCUGGGAAUAGAAUUCAGGCAGACUGGCUACAUGCUGAGAUGUUCUCUUUCUCAUGCAAUUACACUGGAAUUUUAUCAGGAUGGAAAUGGACCAGAGAAUGUCGGCGUUUAUAACCUGUCUAAAGGAGUGAAUAGAUUCUGUCUUUCAAAGCCAGGUGUGUACGAAGUGACCCCACGUUCCUGCCACCAGUUUGAACAUGAGUAUUACACUUACGACACGUCCUCUCCUAGCAUACUGACACUGACUGCAGUUCGACACCAUGUCCUUGGCACCAUUGUAACAGAUAAAGUGAUGGAUGUGACUGUUACCAUUAAGUCAUCUAUUGACAGUGAACCUGCCUUAGUUUUAGGCCCCCUGAAAUCUGUACAGGAGUUGCGCAGGGAGCAGCAGCUGGCAGAGAUUGAGGCCCGUCGACAGGAGAGAGAAAAGAAGGGUCAAGAGGAAGAAGGAACAAAGCCACCAGUGCAAGAAAUGGUGGAGGAGCUCCAAGGACCCUUCUUAUAUGAGUUCUCAUACUGGGCAAGGUCUGGAGAGAAAAUUACUGUGACACCCUCCUCAAAAGAGCUGCUUUUCUACCCACCUUAUGUGGAAACAGUUGUUAGUGGAGAGAGUUGUCCUGGCAAGCUGAUAGAGAUCCAUGGCAGAGCAGGCUUAUUUCUGGAAGGACGAAUUCAUCCUGAGCUGGAAGGUGUUGAGAUUGUCAUUGGUGAAAAGGGAGCAGCUUCCCCGCUCAUCACAGUUGUCACUGACAGCAAAGGUGCUUACAGUGUUGGACCACUGCACAGUGACUUGGAAUACACAGUUACUGCUCAGAAAGAAGGGUUUGUUUUGACUGCAGUAGAAGGAACAGUUGGAGAUUUCAAAGCUUUUGCUCUUGCUGGGGUGACGUUCGAGAUCAAGUCAGAGGAUGACCAGGCUCUUGCUGGAGUUCUCUUGUCCCUCAGUGGAGGGGUGUUUCGGUCCAACCUCCUUACCCAGGACAAUGGCAUGCUGACUUUUUCCAAUUUGAGCCCAGGGCAGUAUUAUUUCAAACCCAUGAUGAAAGAGUUUCGCUUUGAGCCAUCAUCACAAAUGAUUGAAGUGCAAGAAGGACAGAAUCUUAGAAUCCAGAUAACCGGUUACAGGACUGCUUACAGCUGUUAUGGCAUGGUUUCUUCCUUAAAUGGAGAGCCUGAGCAGGGAGUCUCAGUAGAAGCUGUGGGACAGAAGGAUUGCAGCAUCUAUGGAGAAGACACAAUAACUGAUGAAGAGGGCAAAUUCAGGCUACGUGGCCUUCUGCCUGGCUGCGUGUAUCAUGUCCAACUCAAAGCUGAAGGCAAUGAUCACAUUGAAAGAGCCUUACCACAGCAUCGGGCAAUUGAGGUUGGGAACAGUGACAUUGAUAACGUUAACAUUAUAGCCUUCCGGCAGAUCAAUCAGUUUGAUUUAAGUGGCAACGUAAUUACAUCUUCUGAAUAUCUCUCCACCUUAUGUGUAAAACUGUACAAAAGUGAAAAUCCUGACAACCCAAUUCAUACAGUCAACUUAGGCCUGUCUUUGUUCUUCCAUUUCCCACCACUGCUCCGAGAUGGAGAGAAUUACGUUGUGCUUCUGGACUCUACAUUGUCUAAAUCACAGUAUGACUACACCCUGCCUCAAGUUUCCUUCACUGCUAUCGGAUAUCAUAAACACAUCACACUGAUCUUUAAUCCCACUAGAAAGCUGCCUGAACAAGACAUUGCCCAGGGAUCUUACAUCGCCUUACCACUGACUCUACUUCUCCUGUUGGCUGGUUACAACCAUGAUAAGCUUAUUCCCUUGCUGCUGCAGCUGACGACUCGGCUGCAGGGGGUGCGUGCUCUGGGGCAGGCAGGCUCUGACACCGGUGGCCCGGAGGAUGCCAAGAGACAAACCAAAAAGCAGAAGACAAGGCGGACGUGAGGUGGAAGGGGGCACUGCCUGAAGUGGUGCUCUGGCAGCCUGGGGCCUGAGGAAGCAAAGCCACUACCAUGCAUUUCUGUUGAAUUUGUGGACUCUGUUUUCAUUGUCGCUACGUGAGCACAUCUGUCACAGCAGCUCCAUUUGGGUUGUAAAUGCCCCAUGGAGUCUCUAAUUCCCUUGUUGUAAAGUGAUGGAAUGAAUGCCUUUGUUGGCGCCGAGUACAGCUCCUGCACUGAGAAACAGCUGACUGGAUUGUCUGCUGCAGUGGAACAGCCUUGCCGUCUUCACUAAUGGUUUGUACGAGCAGUAGGAGCAGACUGCUGGACUUCACUUCCAGUCUCUAGAUUUUGGGAUUGCUAUUCCUUCCCUUUCGAAAUGCAAAAGCAGCACAUAGGGAUUUUACUGCAUCAGUGGUGCUAGGGACAGCAGAGUUCUGGGGGACACACAUCAGCUGGUGAGUUACACCUUCAGCACUUGCAGUUCAGCAGCUUGAUUGAAGAGUCUCAUCUGCACAGCUGCAAUUCCAACUCUUAUCCAAUCAUUUUGUUAUCUUUGAUUAAAAGAAAGGUUGUUGCCCAAGGAAGCCAAGUUGUUAAUUUCAAGUAAGGCCAGCUGUUAAUGUCAGGUAAGUUCUGGUGAUCCUACUGCAAGAGCAGUGUUUAAAUUUCAGUUUCUUAAAUGCUGUGAUCUCUUCAGACUCCCAGUACUCCUGCAGGAGCUCCAGCUGGUUAUGCUCUUCUUUCUGAAGCUGUCCUGUGUGGCUGGUGGUGCCCAUUCAGCUGUGUGGCUGUAACACCUCCUGCUCAGGCCAUGGGCAGCCUUUUUGCCCCUUGAUAAUUGAUGUUUUAAAAUUACUAUGAUUUUUUUUUUUCUUCACUGUAACAAAUGUGAUCUUUUCAAAGUCUCCCAACGUGUACAACCUCAAUAACACAGGAAGCAGGUAUUUAUUCCAGGCCAACUUUGGAUUCCUGUUGGCAGCAGACAGUUGGACAUACACAGUUUAAAUGUUAAUGGGGCUUUUUAUUGACCAAUGGCAUAAAGGUUAACAGCUUCUGAGAGAUGCACACAACUGCCUACAAACUGCAGAGACACUGGCACUGCCAGUAAGGGGCAAUGUUUCUCUUUGACAGUACUUGAAAUAAAGUCCCUUUACCUUUAAUAUUCAAUCUUACAAACCCUACCAUUCUUAGAAAUUUGGAUGCUGAAGGUUCUGUGCUGUUCCUGUUGGUAUUUUGCAUUAGUUCGAGCCUAAAUAAUUAAAACCUGGUUUGGUGAUCAUUCGAAUCUCUCUGAGGGAAAUUCUGUCAAGAUCAUAAUAAAAAUGAGGAAUCAUGGAUACAGAGAAUUUGUGAUGAAGCUCUAAUGAACUGUCAGACUCCCCACUUAAUGACCUUGAAUUGCUGUGAGGAAAUACGUGGGGAAACAAAGGGAGGGAUAAAUUGUACAUUUUCCAUCCAUCUGUAUUUUAAGCUGGUGAAUGUUAAGUAUUGCUGCUUCGGGGGAAUGUAUGAGGAGAGGAUGCAGACUCCAUGUGCCUUGAGGGAGUACCAGAUACCCUGACCUCUGAACUGGGGGACUUGCUGUUGAUUGACCUUAAACACUGGAAGUGCUGUUAAUAAAAAGAAGAAAAA